CGCGCCUCUAUCUGAUUUCUGUCUAUCCCCUUCAAUUUGUGAUUUGUAAAAUUCUCCUGAAUUGAAAACGCAACGCUGACAUAAACUGGAUAUAAUUUAUUAUUAGACGUCUAAAAUUCAGUUAAAAUGUGUGAUAACGAAAAAGAAGAAGCAGCUAAUCUGAAAGAAGAAUUUGAAUGGGUCCUUCGUGAAGAGGUGCAUGCGAUAUUACACCAGCUUCACACAGUUUUGGUUGAAUGCGCUCACAGGUUUCCUGUGCCGUUGUAUGGAAAUGAGGGGCAGAAACAAGAUAAAUUCAUAUUGACAUCACAACCUGAACAGUUAAAAUGUAUUGUGACACUAACAGGGGAUAGCAUAUCCCAUGCUGACAUAAGUUUCAAAGUGUUACGGCAAAUGCACACAAUAUGCCGUACAUCAAUCAACCAGGAUGGGCCAUGGAAGUUGCAGCAGAUACAGGAUGCUGCAAAUCAUUUACAACAGGCAAUUGGUUACAUUGAUAAUGUGGAUAAACAUUAUGUAUUCAGGUCAUCAGAAGAAGUGCUUCACAUAAUCCAAUGUCUUAUCGGUUCACUGCAACGAGCUCGGACUGCCUUAGUACUGCCGAAGAAAAAAGCAAUUGAUGAACUUAUGAAGAGUAGAAAUAUGAAGGCCCUAUCUCCUAAUCUACCAGAAGACUUAGCAAUAUCAUUCUACAUACAGUCGCACAAGCUUAUAUUUGUUGCGUAUCAACUGAGCUCCGUUCAUGGAACAAUGAGAAUUGACUCAUGUCAAGCAGACUGUGCUGUCCCUUGGCUAAGUGAUGUAUUGUUUAUGUUAACGGCAGCACUUCAUAUGUGUCAACAACUUAAGGAUAAGCUCUGUGUCUUCUCCCAAUACAAAGAUUUCACAGUGGGUUCAAGAUCUGCCUCCAUGGUAUUCAACUAAAUAUUACCUACUGGGAUGUUACCUAGUUCUCAAAGUGUAUGUAAGCAUUACAUAAAUAUACCUAGGUAUGCGUAAUAUACAAACAAUUGUAUGUAAGUACUACAUGUAUUUAUUUAGUUAAAGUUAUCGAGUCCAUUGUUGAUAUUCUUGUUGAGUAUGAUGUAAUAUAAUGUAUAGAAAUUAAUGUUACAACUAACUAUAGAAUAACUAAUCUUGGGUCUGCCAUGAGUGUAUAUUUUGAGUAAUAGCAAAGAGGGGGGAAAAUAAAGUAUUUUUUAAUUUAUUUCAACUACUUACAUUUAUUUAUGGACAUUGAUUAAUAUUUAAGGUUUAUGUUGAUUGUUAUUAUUAAGUUCGUAACAUUUGUUGAUGAUUUUAUGUUAGAUGUUUUAGAGAGCACAGUAUGGCCAUCUGGCGAAUAGGUGAGGAACUUUUGAUCGAGGUUCAAUGACACUUGAGUCCUUAAUUGGGACUGUUGGAGUUAAAAACCUUGAGUUUCGUUCAUUUUUAUUUCAGUUUAGAUGGCUCUAGUUAGACUAAUGUACACAAAGCGUUGUAGGAUACGACAAAGCAAUAAUAUUUUCUACAGCCUAACAAAUUAACGUAUAAAAUGUAAGUGCAAAGUUAUCGAAUAGCCCUUGUGUACGAUAAUGGUAUUUAUGUCGUGGUUAUAAGUCCCAUUUCAGAAUGAAGGUCCAAAGUUUGAAUUACGAUUGUAUUAUUUAAUGUUUCUAUUUAUGCAAUGAGGCUUGUAAGAUGUUUGACCUUUUGAAUGAGGUUGGAAAGCUGGUAUGUAAUUGUUAUUGUGAAAAAUAAACAUUUUGUCUCAUGUUGUCUAUGUUUGUAAUCAAAUUAUGAUUAUAUGUUGAUCCUGACUAUUGGCCGAAAUAAAUAACCUGUAUCGAUCUAAAAUCUAUGCUUUAAGAUCGAAUUUUGACAGAAACUAUACAUCUACUGUCAAAAAUCGAUCUGUAACCUGCAGCUGUAACCAAAUGCCAUUUAGCGAUUUUCUACUUGUAGAAUAGUAAAC